CUGUCCCCUCCUAAUCCUAUAUUCUACCUAUAUGCCCUUUUCUCUGUAGCAUCACCCUUCAUUCUCCCUGCGCUUUCGUGUCUUUCGCUUCGUUCUUCCUUCUUCCUUCUCUUUUUUUUCCCCUUUUUCUUUCCUCCCUUCUUUCCUUCUCCCCCCUGGUCGCCUGUGACAAACCCUCGGCUCGCCGACCGAACCAGGUGUUCGUUCCCGCUGGCUUAGAGCCUUACGAUCGCGCCCCCUGGUCCGCCCACGCUUGUCCAUCCACCUCUGCCCCCUCUAUUAUCAUCUCCCUCUCUCCCUCUCUUCCCUCUCUCAUCUCUCAUCCCCCAAGAGCGCUUUCAACCCCCGGGUCGAUCAUGAUCCUCGACACACGGUCAUCUCUGCGUCGUCAAUUCCUUCAGCAGCAGUGUUAGACCUGUGUCGUUGCUUGCAUCACAUCCCUGCAAGGCUUCCUAUCCCGUUCGUCUCCAUCCGUGUCUCAGUCGCGUCCGAGACAAUUCCCUAGCCGCGUUUGUCCAUCUCCGGCGCCCGUCAAGUAUCAUAUAUAUCGCUCCGACGCCGCCGAGGUACGCUGCUUUUCCCGAAUUGGAUAGGCGAACGUGGUUUGGAAGGAGGUAGCGAGGAGAGGCCGUGCUGCAGUGCAGCUCCUUUCCUUUCACCUUCCCCUGUUAUUGGUGUGAUUGUACAGCACGAGGGAAAUCAAUUGCGGCUGCCAGGACUCGGAGCCCGACUCGCGGAUUACCGCAUCGGGGUGCGGACUCGAUUUGGUCAGAGCAAGAGAACGUGUCUGAUACUGCAGGAGUGUUUGGGAAAGCCGGGUUGGACCGUUGUGCUACUGGCACCCGUGGGUUCCAUUGCUCUGUCUUUAGCUUCGUACAGGUAUGCCGUCUGCUGCCAUGCAAACGAUCCCUCAUUAUAGUUCAGCCCACAAUCCCACAACAUAUAAUACACCGUCCUGCAAUUCAAUUCCUGCACCGACUUCGCACUCCCAUUCCGCCCCACCAUCUUCCAAUACCCUUGGUGAAUCGUCCUCGCGGUCGCAAUGGCCGCGUGAGUCGUCCACUUCCAAUAUGGGCACAUCGCUAAAUCCCCAGCAGCCCCUGCACGAGCCAGUGACCACGGCAUCCCCUUCGGCUAUGAGCGUCUCCCGUUCGCAAACCCUGCCCGUGUCAGCAACGGCUGAAUCUUCUGUUGUGGCACCCACUGCUUCAUCGUCGGGCCAGAACGCUCGCAUCAACUACCCCGAUCUCCUCGGUACUCCGCCUAUCCCGCCUCCCAGAACAUCUUCUAACAACCGUUCUCGCCAUGGUUCCUCGGCGGAAAAGGUAUCCGGGUCUCGCCAGUCGGAGGAUGCGCGCCAUCGCAAGGGAAAAGAUCGAAGCACAGGUCGUCGCGAGAGAACGGGCGAUAUCCAGCCGCCCGAGGAUUCGUCAAUGGGCCUGGGCGGAAGUGCAACACGCGGUCAGACCAUGUCGCCUUCUGCCUCUCAACCCCAAUCCGAGCCCGGCAUGGGAUCUAUUCCCAGCCUGGGAACGUUGAUGAAGGAGCCCAGCACCGUGGUAAACCAGGUUGUGGUAAGUGACCCUGCGGUGCGUAUGGAGAGGGAGCAGACGCGGCAGGCAGGCAUGCAAUCGUCUACUCCCACCGAUAAUACUCCGUCAACAGCUUCCGGGUUGGGCUUGGUCGGCAGUGAAGGUGUGGACGAUGGAGGUCGUGGCGGGAUGCGCAGCCGUCAUGACUACAAUGGAAACUCUAGCAGUGGUAAACGCAAGGAGACCACUUUUGGGCAGUACAUCCUCGGACAGACAUUAGGGGAGGGCGAAUUCGGCAAGGUCAAGUUGGGCUGGAAGAAGGAUGGCAGUGUCCAAGUCGCCAUCAAGUUAAUCCGACGUGACGUUCUGGGUUCGAAUCCCAGCAGGCUUCCAAAAAUCUACCGUGAAAUCUCCAUUCUUCGCGGCCUUUCGCACCCUAAUAUCGUUCGCCUCCAUGAAAUGGUGGAAACUGACCGCCACAUUGGCAUUAUCAUGGAAUACGCGUCAGGGGGCGAGCUGUUUGACUACAUCCUAAAUAAUCGCUACCUCAAAGAUAAUCCUGCUCGACGUUUGUUCGCUCAGUUGAUCUCUGGGGUCGGCUAUCUGCAUAAGAAGGGGAUCGUUCACCGUGACCUGAAGUUGGAGAAUCUGCUGCUGGAUCGAAAUCGGAAUAUCAUCAUUACGGACUUUGGGUUCGCGAACACGUUCGAUCCGGCCGAUGAGCUUGGCGAGGAGAUCGAGUACAACCUGACAAACAAGGAAUUCGUGAAGAAGAUGCAUUUAGAUAGGCCCAACGCGAAGGGGAUGAGGCGAGGAGACUUGAUGCAGACCAGCUGUGGCAGCCCGUGCUAUGCGGCCCCAGAACUCGUAGUCAGCGACUCCCUGUAUACGGGACGCAAGGUUGAUGUCUGGAGUUGUGGGGUAAUUCUGUAUGCCAUGCUGGCCGGUUAUCUUCCCUUUGACGAUGACCCGGCGAAUCCAGACGGUGACAAUAUCAAUCUCCUGUACAAGUAUAUCGUCACGACGUCCCUGACGUUCCCGGAAUAUGUUACUCCCCAUGCGCGUGACCUCCUGAGACGGAUUCUUGUCCCAGAUCCACGCAAACGGGCGGACUUGUUUGAAGUGGCUCGCCAUAGCUGGCUCAAUGAAUAUGCCCACAUUGUUUCUCACAUCACCAGCAGUACAACGAAGAUCUCCGAAAUUUCCAGCACUACGGUGCCUUCGGAACGUGAUCAAGAAGGGGCAAUGCUUACACGUAGUGCCUCGGUCAGGGAACCUCCCAAGUCUUACCAGGGUAGCGUUUCCACCCUCGGUGGCCUCAGUCACCAGCAAGGAGACAUCUCCCAAGAUCAAUCUACGGAGAAGUCAAGGAGUCCUAGGGAGGCCAAACGGAGAACGGUACAGGUUGAAUAUGUUGCACCUCAGUCGCAAACUGCUAGAGGAGACUCACCCUCAUCCAACAAUAGAGCCGUUUUGGCUAACACUCAAGCCCGCGUCCCGCAACCACAGCGUCAGGCUAGUGUCAAGGGACAGGUGGCAACAACAGAUGCCGCGGCUGCGGCUGCGGCUGCCGCCGCGGCAGCAGCAUCCUCUGGGCUUUCUCGCUCCGUCUCUGACGCAGCAGCCUGGACGGGAGCGCCAGCUACGACCGGACCUCAAGGUACCCGUCCAGCCACUGGGGGCUCCAUGGCUUCAUUCAAUGCCGGUCGGUUGUCGACAUCCUACGGGCAACCUGUGGCACCCAAAGUUGAAGCGACAAAUGCCCAGGGCCGACUGGCCCAGCCAAAGAGCACACACCGCAUUAUGUCCCCGCCUUCCUCCCAGGCUUCUGCUCAGCAGCCCAUUGGUCGUCCAAGUACCCAUCAGGUUCCAGCUAAGUUCAAUCCGACUCCGCGCCAGGAAAUUCCCAAGGGGCACAAGCGAUCAAGCACCGUAUCCAGCAUCGGCGAAAAGAUAUUUGGGCGGUCUGGUUCGCGCUUCGUUUCUAGAAGUAACACGCAGGCCAAUGGAGCUCGUUCACGAGCUGCCAAACGCUAUCCCCCAACAAGCAUGAAGGAUCCGUGGGCCGGACCGGACUCCAGGGUCUCUAUAGACUCUCGUCGCUCUGCUCAAUACCGCAGGCAGAGCGAAACGGGUCCUUCCCAAAGCAAACCUCGCAGAUUCUCCCUUCUACCUUCGUUGAAGGCCUUUGCAUUGCCAACAAGCAGAUCCCAGACCCCCGAUGAAGAAGCGCAAACGGCUCACUCCGCUGACAACCAGAGUCAACAGCCAGGCCCAACAUCGGGCACGGCUCAAACCCGUCCUCAUACCACAAACAGUUAUGGGGUACAGGACACCACGGGUGCUGUAACGGAGGGCCCGAACGAUGUUUCGACCACCGAAGCAGAGCCGAUCAAUUAUCAGGCUCGUAUCGAUCAGCAAUUUGCGGUAUUGCAUGCAACCCACGCGGGUUCUUUCCAACCAAGGACCUACGACAGUAUUUCAGCAGAGCAGGUACAUCAACACGGCGACGUCGGUCUUUCAUCCCCUAGUUACUAUGACGACUAUGCAAAGACCCACAAUAGUCUGCCCCGGCAAUCUGCACAAGGGGCCCGAGCUGGAAAGGGCACGGUUCUGCAGAGCCACCGAAAAUUCACAGAUGCUUAUGAGUAUGAACGGUCAUCAUCGCAUCAUUCAGGAAGCUCGGGCGCAGCGAGAAAGGUCAUGGAUUUCUUCCGUCGACGUGCCAAAUCCAGAGCGGGUGAGGAUCGCUAAGUUAGCCUAGAUGUGGGCGAAGCGCCCGAACGAACAUGUUACCGAUUGAACCCUCGUCCUUUCGGCUGAACAACCGGUUCAGUGAAACGAAAUUGAAUACGGUGCCUUCAUUACAAGGCAAAUAGAAUUCGAAACCCCUUGGCAUCUAUCCGUUAAUGUUAUACCUGUGGGAAUGGUGACCCCCCCGUUUUGCGUGUCUCAUCAAGGUGCCCCGCUGAUCUCUGCCAGCGAGCUCGUUGCGGAAAGUCCGUCAAGAUGGGUUGGUCCGAACUGUAUAUCAACCAACCUGUGUCUCUGCCUCGGGAGGAGUCGAGCUCCAGUGUUGGCUCUGGCUCUAUUCGUUAGUCUUCACUGAUUUUUUUUUUUAUUUACUUUCUUCCUUUGCUUCUCUUCUUUUGCAGCGAAAGAACAGAAAGGUCAUUUGGAUACCCCAUGAUACCCAGACAGCUUUUGUCCUCUUCUGUGGCUUGCAAGUAUAUCCGUUUUCCCACCCUGCCUUCUGCGCGAGCAAGGAUCUGCUUCCUGCGUACGCGACAAUUAUUUUGGCAUUUUACCAUUUCCUUUGUUCCACAAUAUCUUUCGUCUUUCCUCUUUAUCCCCCUGUCACUUUAACUAUGAGUGCAAAUCAGCUCAUUUCCCUUCUGUUUCUACACAGACCAAACUUGUUGAAAGCCGGUUAGACUAAAAUGGAUCUGGUGUCUUUUACUUUGAAUUUGGAGGCGGGAAGUCACUUUUCCUUGUUUCUUUCGGACUUCCCGGGGUUGCUUUGAGGAUAAUGUACUUAACCUUCAUAUUUUUUUUUUUGCCUUGAUGUAAUAUUUUCUUUCGUCCCGUCCUCAAUGGCACCUUUCUGUUUACCGGGUGGUUUUGAUGGUUUUCUGUCGGCGGCCAAGGUUUACCUUAUACCGAGUUGGAGGGUUCUCUGUUCGUUUGUUCUAUUGUCCUCCCCUCCCCUCUUUCUUGAUCCCAGAAAGUGGCACACCGUGUGUACAGUGAGCGUGUAGCAUUUGGACGGAGACAGCUCGGGUGGUCCUUUUGAUGUCUGUGGCCUCAGCCGUUUCUAGGACUCAUUCAGCUACCCUAUUUGAUUUUAUUUGAUUCCACCUGCUGGAAUUAGAACAAUGGAGGCGGGAUUAAGAUUCCCGUUUACUCGGCUUUCUACAAUGUUGUAGCCAUUGUCCAUGGACCUUGUGUGUCUCCGUACUGCCAGGGAUAAUACAGCUUGGAGUUACGGAGCUGCCUACACAGAGCUGCUUACACGGAGUCUCGGGGAGUGUACGCCUGCAACAGCGGGGUUUAAGCUGGAAUUAAG